AUGAAUCCUAUCCCACUGUUGGUGUUGUUUGUGUCAACAUUCGUGAUCGAGAACUUGACAAUGACCUAUUCAAGGAAGCCGUUUGGCCCGAAAAUGUGUGACCAGUUUUGUCGACAGGUAAAGCAGUGCACCGCCGUCUCGUUCUCCGCAGAACAACUGUCAUGUCAGCUGUUACUAAAAAGGGUUGAGAAGACAGAGAAGAAGAACAACACAAUCAUCAGCAAUCAGAACAUGGUUAUGCGGGGCAGCCCUGAAGGUUCAGAACAGACCAACUUGAAGCUGCACAUGGGUCAGAAGACAUGGGCUGACGCUAUGAAGGCGUGUCGUGAGGAUGGAAUGAGUCUUCUCCAGAUGGACACCAGACAGAAGCAACUGGCUGUGAUCCUUCAUCCCCGAUACAACGAUUUCAACCUCUAUAAGAUGUGGCUCGGCCUGACAGACCUGUACCACAACGACUCCUACUACUGGACGAGUGGAGCGCCGAUCACCUAUGCAGGGUGGGCGUACGGAGAGCCCACUCAUGGCAGUCAAGACUGCGUGUAUGUUGCAAUGAACAGUAUGAAAUGGACAGACAGUAACUGUGAGAGUAAGAGGAGGUUCAUCUGUGAAAAGUAG